AUGACAGGCGGCCCGGAAGAGGAAUCCCAAGUGGAUUCUCGGACGUCGGAAGAAGAUGAGCGGGACUUGGGAGAGGAGGCGGGCGCUGAAGACGAGGAUGGGGGCGGAGCGACGAAGACGGCGGGGGAGGAGACGGGUGAGGAGGAGCAGCGCGACGAGGCGGCGGCGGCGACGACGAAGAGCGAGAGAGAGGAGGAAGACGUAGAAAUGAAAGAGGAGGAAGACGAGGAAGAGGACGAUGGGAUGGAAGAUCCCGUGACGCUCCACGUGACGUACAACAAGCAGUGCUACGACAUCGAGCUGCCGCUGUCGGCCAGGAUGUCCCGGCUGAAGAAGGCGAUAGCGAAGGAAACAGGAAUCAAGCCAUCAAUGCAGAAGUUAUGCUACAAAGGCGCGACCCAACCGGACGACAGUAAGAGCCUCCGAGACUGUGGGCUCUCGGCGAACGCGAAGAUACUGAUGGUGGGCUCGACAGCGCAGGACGUCGACGCCGUGAAGGAACCACCCAAGCCCACCAAGAGUCCUCUAAAGGCUCCGUUAAUCAAGAGGGAGCCGUUCUGCAAACAGGAGAGACACAAGGCAAUAAUCGACGACGGCGUCCCGGAUGACGCCUUUCCCGGUAUCUCCAACGCUCACGAUGACCUUCCAAACGAACCGAUAACGGGGAUGCUGAACAGUAAAAAGCAAAAGGUCCGGCUCUCGUUCAAGUUGGAAGAGGAUGAGUUCUGGAUCAGCACGAAAGAGGCGACCCAGAGGAUUCCCAUUGGUAAAGUCAUGGCCGUCGCCAGCCAACCCAUCGAAGGGCACGAGGAGUAUCACAUUAUGCAGGAAGGCUGAAGAAGCGUAAGCUCACCCGGUGAGUGGGUCGUGGUGGACGACGGUGGACUUUGGCUGGACCACCUUGCUCUGCUCGACGGCGUAUCCGUACUCGUGGUGA